CUUCUUUCCCUUCGCGCGCUGCCUCGCACGCCGUCAGCCGCCGUCCUCCAAGUCACCGUCGAAUUGUACCAAACCCUUCGAAUUCUCGGUCGUCCUCUUUCUUCCGCCCAUUUGCCCACCGGGUAAAGAACCUGGUGUCUUCCUCCUCUCGGUUAGUCUCGCACUCCAGAAAUUUUGGCUUCCUUCAGUGUAUUCAUACAUCGGUCCACCCAAUUCAUCAUCGUCAAUGGCGAAAGGGAGGACCGGGAAUGCCCUGUUUUUUGUUGGCCGCUUAAAGCAUCCAAUGAAUCGAAUUUUCCCUCCAAUCUUCAACGAUAGACUCUACCGCUUCGUUCCUAUUUCUCUUUUAAAUUGUUUACGAUUAGGGAUUCAUCUUUCUUUAGCUGGGUUAUUGGUUACGAUUGGGAAUCUCAUGUUCUCAUGAGCUAUCGGUCGCAUCCCACGUUCUAGUUACUGAUUCUAGGGAGUGUCGAUUGUUUGCCCUGUUGCAGCUUCCGGUGUCAACAAUGAUAGCUGCGUUUUCAGCUGAAUGCUCUGUUGCAGCUUAUGUGUCAAAUUAUACCUAACCUAUCUUUGCUCCUCUCGUCGCUGUUGGUAGACAUUGAAUUACAAUACUUCUUAAGAGUUUGUGAUUUCAGGGGGUUUUGUAUGUAAGUUGUACGAGCUAGUAGUAGUAGAUUUACUGUGGAUCCCCUUACCAAACCUCAAAUAUAUGAACAUAGAAGUAUAAAGUUUAUGCUUUUGUUCUGGAGGAGAAUUGGAGCUUCAUUGGUUUGAUUAUAUUGGCAUGUACGUGGUUCAUACAGUUUUUAGUUUUACUCGUGAGUUUCUAGAUUUUCAUGGACAGCUGAAUAAGAAGCACAUGCCUUCUCUUGGAGGUGUUCAUUCCGAAUUUUUUCUGCAAUAAGCUUUUAACAACACUCUCUCGAUCCCCUAUCUUCCAGGUUGUUGUGGAGAAUCAGGGAAUUCGUGAGUUCCAUCGAUGGAUGACCUAUAUGAAGUCAUAGGGAAUAACAGGAUUGAAGAUGUGAGUUGGAUAUGUUCCCUCUCCGAGUCUGAGCUUGAUCUACUAAUCAGCUUGAAAAAGCUGGUGAUUCUGCGGGCAAAGGCUAUUGGUCAUGUGGAACUGGCAGAGAAAUUUGACUUGAAGAUGCUCCGAGCAAUCGGGUUCGUCGUAAUGGAACAUUUCAGACAAAAGGUCAAAGACUUACCACCAGUACCGGGCAUGGACGAGACUAGUGCAUACUUAGAUGGUUGCAACUUACUAAAAUCUAAGCUUGGCGACAACUUGAGCAUUGAAGAGAUGAAGUCAUGUCUUGGUAUGAAGAGUGAAAAAGACUAUUUCAAAAGACCACAGGACGAGCCAAAAGUAAGAACGCAGAGCCGGAGAUAGUCAGAUUGUCGGGACAUAAUUGACGAUGCUCGAUGUCAUUUUUGCUAUCAACAACUUUCAGUUAUGCGUCAGAGUUGCACUGUGAACUCUUAUCGUACAAAAAAAGAAGUCAUGAGUUCAUGAAGUCUGUAAAUUGAUUGGAUGUCAAGCCAUCAGCUUUACCACUUGGCGUGAAUAAAGAGUAAUUACAAAG